CGUUCCACGCCAUAUUACGAAAAUUUGUGAAACGAGGUAAGCAUGGGAACAAGAGUGUACAUUGGACAUUUGUCCUACCAUGCAAGGGAGAGAGAUGUGGAGAGGUUUUUCAAGGGUUAUGGAAGAAUCAGGGAUGUUAUGCUGAAAAAUGGUUAUGGUUUUGUUGAAUUUGAUGACAGCAGAGAUGCUGAAGAUGCAGUAUAUGAAUUGAAUGGAAAAGAACUUUGUGGUGAAAGGGUGUCUGUUGAACAUGCACGGGGUACUGUUCGUGGUGGUGGAGGAGGAGGGGGAUAUCGGGGGGACAAUUACUACAGAGACAGCAGCUACAACAGGAGACCAAUGUGGAUUGACAAGUAUGGUCCACCCACAAGAACAGAGUAUCGGGUGACUGUAGAAAACCUCUCCUCCCGAGUCAGCUGGCAGGACUUGAAGGACUACAUGAGACAAGCAGGGGAGGUAACCUAUGCUGAUGCCCAUAAACAACACAAAAAUGAAGGUGUUGUGGAGUUUGCCUCUUACUCUGAUAUGAAGAGGGCUGUGGAUAAGUUGGAUGGUACAGAAAUUAACGGCAGAAAAAUUCGACUGAUUGAGAACAAGUCCAGGAGAAGCAGAAGAGAUUCUAGGAGUCGUUCAAGAUCUAGGAGCCGCAGCAGAUCCAGGCGAACUCGAUCCAGGAGUCGUUCAAGGAGCAGAUCCAGAAGUAGAUCCCGCAAGAGGAGGCCAUCAUCAAGGAGCAGAAGUAAAUCUCGCAGCCACAGUCAAUCAAGGUCAAGAUCAAGGUCAAAGUCUAAAUCCAGGUCCAAGUCCAAAUCUAAAUCCAGGUCUCGUUCCAAGUCCAGAUCACCUUCUAGGUCAAGGUCCAGAACCCCCAUAAAGGAGGAAAUUAAGGAAGAAAUUAAGGAGGAGAUAAAGGAAGAGGAUAACUGACCACCGGGGCAUGAAGAACAUCGAGCUGUCAGUGUGACUAAGUGAGGAGGCAUCAACUGGAUUCUAGAGGGAUUUGUCUUGUAUCAGCUGUUUUCAAUUUGGACACAAUAUAGUGUCUGUUAUCAUCAUGUUUGUUUGUGUUGUUUUAGUAUCAUGACAUUCUACAUUUACAACCUUUAUGAGUUGUAAAGAUGUUCAUGUCGUACUACUUGUACAUAAAAAUAAAUUCCCUACAUGACAAAAAUGA